UAUAGGUGUUUGUGUGUUUCUACGUAUGUGUAUACAUGUGUCUAUAUGUUGAGUGUGUUUCUAUGUACGUAUGUGUAUGUAAGUGUAUACAUGUGUCUAUAUGUUGAGUGUGUAUCUAUAGGUGUUUGUGUGUUUCUAUGUAUGUGUAUACAUGUGUCUACAUGUUGAGUGUGUAUCUAUGUAUGUGUAUGUAAGUGUAUACAUGUGUCUAUAUGUUGAGUGUGUAUCUAUAGGUGUUUCUAGGCAAGAGUGCAUUCCUUGCACGUGUGUGUGUUGCCGCUUUACUGGUGUUGCCAUGGAGUCGCUGGUUAAACAUCUGUCCAGAUGCCAGCAUCUUGGCUGGAUGAAUGUGAUUGAGCUGAAGAGCGCCUCCUUCCAUUGGCUGUCCUGUGGUCAGAGGGCCAAGCCAAACACGUGGACCAAGAUGUUCUGCAUCCUUUCUGACUGUCGUUUACUGUUGCUGGACAACUUGGUGGUUCAUCCUUUGCUUCUGGCAGAGAGGGAGGAGACUUGUACGGUGUGGUUGCUAAGAUACAGCCUCCAUGUGACCUCAGCACCUCCUCAUUUCGCCCACAAAGACCCAAGACCCUGUCCACACAGCGCCGCAUUGGACACCCCCACAACCAGAGUUACGGGGUUCCUGUCCAGGACCCUCAAGCAGUCCCUUCGGAGAACUGGCUCCCACCCAAAAGUCUUUCGCCAGAGCAGCAUCAACAUGGCUGACAACAGGCGUGUAAUGCGGCGGCUGCGUUGCGGUAGCCAGGAAUCACUCUUAGGGGCAGGGGGCGUGGCCUCUUUGGAGCUCAAGAUGGACCAAUCAGUGAUCAUCAAACCGGUUCACUCAUCCCUGCUGGGACAGGACUACUGCUUUGAGGUGACCACCUCCACAGGGACCAAGUGUUUCUCCUGUCGAUCAGCAGCAGAACGGGAUAAAUGGAUGGAGAACCUCAGAAGAGCCGUGCAGCCCAACAAAGACAACAGCAGACGAGUGGAGAACGUUCUGACGCUGUGGGUGAUCGAAGCCAAAGACCUGCCUGCCAAGAAGAGGUACUUUUGUGAACUUUGUCUGGAUGACAGCCUGUACGCGCGUACAUCUUGCAAGAUGAAAACGGACAACAUAUUUUGGGGUGAACGUUUCGACUUCAGCAGUCUUCCGUCCGUCAGCGCCGUGACUCUUCACAUCUACAAAGAUACGGACAGGAAGAGGAAGAAGGACAAGAGCAGCUACGUUGGCUUGGUCAACAUCCCCGUUGCCACGGUGACGGGAAGACAGCUGGUGGAGAAGUGGUACUCGGUGAGCGUGCCCAGUACCAUCAGAGCAAAGUCGUGCGUACCGACGGUGCGCGUUAAGGCUCGUUACCAGAGCGUGGUCAUCUUGCCCAUGGAACAGUACAAAGAGUUUGCAGAGUUCAUCAGCGCCAACUACCUGCUGCUCUGCAACACGCUGGAAGCUUCCAUCGGCUUGAGAGCCAAAGAGGAACUUGCCGCAGUGCUGGUCCACAUCCUGCACAGCACCGGCAAGGCCAAGGACUUCCUGACAGACCUGAUGAUGUCAGAGGUGGACCGUUACCAUGACAACGAUCAAUUGAUCUUCAGAGAAAACACUCUAGCAACCAAAAGCAUUGAGGAAUACUUGAAGCUGAUCGGACAGAAGUACCUGCAGGAUGCACUGGGUGAGUUCAUCAAAGCUCUUUACGAGUCGGAUGAGAACUGUGAGGUGGACAUGUCUCGCUGUGUGACGUCGGACCUGGCCGAGCACCAGGCCAACCUGAGGAUGUGCUGUGAACUUGCCUUCUGCAAGAUCCUGGACUCCUACAGGGUGUUUCCUCGGGAGCUGAAGGAGGUGUUUGCGUCGUGGCGCCAGGAGUGCAGCAACCGUGGGCGACCAGACAUCAGCGAACGUCUCAUCAGUGCGUCUCUUUUUCUGCGCUUUCUGUGUCCGGCGGUGAUGUCGCCAUCGCUCUUUGACCUCAUGCAAGGAUACCCGGACGAGCGCACGGCGCGUACUCUAACCCUGAUCGCCAAAGUCAUCCAGACCCUCGCCAACUUCAGCAAGUUUGGCACCAAAGAAGAGUACAUGCUCUUCAUGAACGACUUUGUGGAGCGCCAGUGGAGCAGCAUGCAACGUUUCCUCCAGGAGAUCUCCAACCCCGACGGCCUCAAUCACACGGCCGGCUUUGACGGCUACAUUGACCUCGGCCGAGAACUGUCCAGCCUGCACACGCUGCUCACCGAGCUGGACCAGUCGUGUCUGUCAAAGCUCAGUCCACUUCCACGGAUCCUACGAGACGUAUCGGCAGCUCUGGCUAACCCAGGGGGCGGGGCUUACCCUGGCAAAGCGUCGGCUCCCUCUCCAGAGCUCCAGCGCUUGGUGUCUCCGCCUCCUCUAUCUCCGCCCCUGUCACCUCCUCUGGCAGCCUGCAAUCCCUCGCUUGGCCAGCAGUGUGGGGUUGGACUGGAUGGGGGGCUGCUGGAUUUCACCAGGCUGCCGUCGCCAACUCCGGAGAACAAAGACUUAUUCUUCGUCACCAAAGGGUCAAGUCUGCAGCCUGCGUCAGGCUUGCGUGGCUCCCCGGCCCCGAGCUCCUCCUACUCGGAGCCCAAUGAUGAAGCGGCGUUUGACCUUAGCAACGGGGGCCGGAGGGAGGGGCAGGAAAUGACAUCGGAGAGUCGCAGCCUAUCGCUGAUUGACCUGCAGGACUCCUCCCCCAAUGACGCACAUGAUGAGAGCCAAUGGCAGCGCAGGGCGGGGCUCCUGCCUCUGUCUUUCCAGAACCCAGUCUAUCACAUGUCGUCACGACAACCUCUUCAGCCCGAGGCCACGCCCCCCGAUGGUUCAGUCACCUCGCAGGGCAACAGCGACGACAGGCACGCCGCGCCAACCAAACCAGCUUUUCUCACCCAGAUGCCUGUGGGCGUGGCCGGUGGCGAGCGGGGGGAACGGAUGUCGGCCAUGUCGAGCAGCAGCAGCGGGGAAGAAUAUUCUCGAAGAGCACUUUCACUCUCUGAAACGCUGCCAAGUAGCUCGGCCCCGCCCCGCCAAAACUCUUCUGGUCCUCAGAGACGCAUCGACCAACCUCCUCCCCCUGCCUCUGCUCCCCCGGGCCCGCCUCGAGGCCGGACACCUCCCAGCAUGCUCAGCGGGGGCUCAGCCUACCCUCCUCGCCCCGCCUCCGGCAGCAUGAUGUCAUCGAGCCCUGAUUGGCCAAGCAGCGGACAUUCGCGGCUGCGUCAGGCCUCCUCCUCAUCGAAAGGAGACAGUCCUGAAAAACAACGGCCGGCUACCAAGGCUCCUUCUCCAUGUGCGUUGGAUCGCACAGCGGCCUGGUUACUUAACAUGAACUCCGCCUCUUCCUAUGGCGAGAUGGAAGACGAGCGUCACGACGACACCAUCAUCGAAAGGUACCAGCAGGACAUUGCGUUGCUUCAGGAGAAACUGCGUGUGGCGGCGCUGCGUCAGGAGGAGUGCGAGGCCCGCCUCCUCGUUCAGGACCAGCAGAACCAGCGUCUGCUGCAGGAAUACCAGGCUCGGCUGGAGGACACAGAGAGUCGACUGAGGAGGCUACAGGAUGAUAAAGAUCUCCAGAUGAACAGUAUCAUCAGCAGGUUAAUGGCUGUAGAAGAGGAGCUGAAGAAAGACCAUUCUGACAUGCAGGCUGUGGUGGACUCCAAACAGAAGAUCAUUGAGGCCCAGGAGAAGAGGAUAGCGAGUCUGGAUGCUACCAACGGUCGCCUGAUGGCGGCACUCGCUCAGCUGAAGGAACGGUACGGCGUGACCUCACAGAGGAAUGGUCUGUCGCCAAGCAACACAUCAUCAUUGCAGAUCACAGAAAAUGGCGAGUUCCGGAAUUCUGGUAAUUGUUGAGGUUCCACCUGGCAACAGGAAGUAGGCCCCCUACACCAUUCAAGGGACACGCGUCCCCAGGAGUGGACCUGACCUUUGAACUUCAUCCUCUUCUCACUGUUUCAUUUUGAACAAGUUUGACACCAUUUCCUGUUUCUGUACACCACUUCCUGCUUGCUGUGUUGCACCGGUCGGUCCAGGAUGUUACCAGUGAAGCUUUAGCUUGUGACUCGUGGACAGUGAGAUGUUUGCAACAUUUUUGUUACCUUGCAACAGGAAGCAUGCAAAGCUUAAAAAUAAAAGCUAUUUCAAAUAAA